AUGGCAACGGCUCUGAUAAUAACUCUGGAAUCCAAAAGUAAUCAGAUUUUUGAAUCCAAAGCUCUCGGAUACAUCGGAGAUAUUUCCUAUGUGGUGUACCUGGUUCACUGGCCAGUUUUGUCAAUUUUCAUUUCAGCAACUGUGAAUAGUCAUUUGUUUUGCAUAAUGAUCACCUUUAUCGCAUCUAUAAUUCUCCAUCACAUUUUUGAAAAACAGUAUCUGCAGUUAUCCUGGAAAGGGGUGAUCCCUCUGAUUAUAGUGCUGAUCCUUGGAAACUCUUACCUCCAGUAUAGUAUUAGAAACGAUACAUUUUGGAAAACCACGAUUCCUCCGGAAAUUGAAGAUGUCGUUCAUUCUAACAAAAAGUUUUUUGAAUAUUUCUGGAAAGUCGAGCCACAAAAUGAGAAAUGUAUAGAAACGGAAAUUCAACCACUGUAUGAGAAGAUGUACGGAUAUUGCAAGUUUCCGCAAGGUCGUGGAAACUUCUCCAUUAUGAUGCUCGGCAAUAGUUACGUGAUGAAUCUUGGAGAACACAUCAGAGCGCAUUUCCAUCAUAACUACUCAGACUAUAGAUAUGUUGCAAUAAAUGGGGAGCUAAUAUAG